GAAGCUUCAAAAAGGGCCACACAUGUUGCUCUAAUCCUUCCUUCUUUCUACAAUGCCUACGAGACUAGCCAAAGCUAUUGUACAGUCCGUCUCCCGUCUCGCGGCUCCAGUUUUUGUGUGGGUGUGUUUGUUUUAGAGUGGGGUUGUAUGGGUUCCGAAUGGGUGGUUUGGGGGAAUCGGUCGUAA